AUUUGCAGGUUAGCCCAAACGAAGGGGCGAAAAAAUCAAUUAUAUGUUGGCCAGUGCCGGAUUUGCAGUGGAAUCGGGUUGAAAGCCAUCGAUAGCCACACACACACACCCACCCACACACGCAGAAUGACGGAGCACCAGGCGGAGGAGCAGGCGGCACCGCCCCCGACCAAGGUCAAGGCCACGCCCACGCCCACUCCCACCCCCAGCUCGAAGUUCAAGGACAUCAACGAGGAGGCGGGCUUCCUGUCCACCUCGCCGGACAGCGCCAACGGGGAUGCCCAGCAGAAGCUGCCAGCGGAUCAGCUGGCCAUCUCAUCGAACGGCCUGCAUCAUCCGGAGAAGCCGGGCGGAGCCCACCCCCUCAUCCUGCAGGCCUUCCACCAGUGCUCCUCGCCCGAACAGUGCGUCACGCUGCACAACAUCCUCGACUCCUUCAAGGCCCCGCUCUCCGAGGAUCAGGCCUGGGCUUUGAUCCACCAGUUCGCCAGCCUCUACCACCAGGUGGCCGCCCAGGCGCACACCUGUCCGCGCGACUACGAGGCCGCCCUGCCCACCGGAUUCGAGCUGCACUUCCAUCGCGACGGCAGUGUCCACUUCUCCGGCCAGGAGCAACUCCCCCCGAAGGAGCAGGAGCAGGACGGGAUCGGGGAUCAGCCGGACCACAGCGCCAGCAGCAGCGGCGACAGCAGCGCCAUCGUCAUCAACAGAGCCUUCGACAACAACCAUCACCAUCAUCAUCACCACCAUCUUACGCCGCUCGUCGUUUCGCAUAGAAAGAUUAUCAGCGAACUGGCGGAAAUCGUCUACACCGCAUUGGAUUACAAUCUGCCAGAGGACGAGGAGUGCCAGAUGUCACAGGAGCUGGAGAAUCUAUUUAACUUUAUGACGGCAGAUGAGACAGACGAUGAUUGCAUUGACGAGGGCAUCGACGAGGGCGACAAGCGCUGGGACGACGAUUCCGAGGAGGAGCGCAACGAUACCAAAGAACUAGAGCACAUUAUAGAGACCUGCAGAAAUCACAUAAAAACCACCCUGCCCGAGAAUCACUACAAAGCUGUUUGCAGAGCCCUCGUAACGGAGACCAUUGAACUCCGUGUUUUUCUGCAGCAGGUUCUGAACAAUGCAGGUGCCGAGAAGCUGAUCAAGGCCUCGGAAUCUUCGACCACCACGCAACAAGAACUGGCGAAGCUGGGCUUCAACGACUGGGCACGCUUCUGGGUGCAGGUGAUCGACGAACUGCGACGGGGAGUGCGGCUGAAGAAGAGCAACCACGAACGCACACCCAUCGAGUACGAGCUGACGCCCUACGAAAUACUCAUGGGCGACAUUAGAGCCAAAAAGUAUCAAUUGCGCAAGGUGAUGGUGAACGGCGAUAUUCCGCCGCGCGUCAAGAAAGAUGCCCACGCCAUGAUCUUGGAGUUCAUCAGGUCACGGCCGCCGCUAAAGAAGGCCAGCGAACGUCAGCUGGGGCCACCGCGCAUCUGCGAGCCUUCUCCGCGGGAGCAGCUAAUGGAGUCCAUUCGGAAAGGCAAGGAGCUCAAGCAGAUCACGCCGCCGGAAGCGCCGACCCUGAGGCAAAGGAUGCUUCCAGGUGCAAACUCCACGCUGUCACGAUCCAGACAGCGGCUCAUCAAAGUGGAUUUCUCCAAGUUUCAGGACGAAGAUCUCUUCUACGAUGAGGGUAGCAUCAGCAGCACCCACUCCACAGCGGCCACCCACCAGCACCACCAUCAUCCCAAUCUGGCCGAGAUGCACCGCUGCUCGCAGCCCAAGAUGCCGCCAUAUCCAUUCGGUGGCUACAUGGUGCCCAGCCAGGCACGACAAGAUUGCCGGGAGACGGCGUCGCUGAUGCGGCCAAGACGCACAAUGGAUCCAGCCAGACAGGCGGCGCCUCCAGAGGAGCCAUCCUUCACGGAGGACGAGUACCACAGGUUCUACGACACGGCCCUGGAAUCCUACGACCUGGCCACUCAGUGCGAGUCGAGGAGGGCCUCGCUGCGCCGCCACACCAUCGUGGGAUGCCAGAGCAACCUGGACGAGACGCACUCCAUGCCGCCCACGCGGCCCGAGUCGCGUCAAUCGGACGACGUCAACAAGGAGACGCCAAAGAGAAGUCCUGCGAAUCCUCCCCAUCCCCAUCCAUCAGACGAGGCCAGUUCAACAUCCUCGCUUGGGCCAUGGAACAAGUCCUUCAUGGACAAGCAGACCUGGAUGGAGCGGGGUGACGAUCGGCUGUCCGUCACGCUGGCGGAGAUCGUUCACAUCCGUUCCGUCAUGACCAAGGCGGAGCUGGAGGGCCUGCCGAUGGACGUGCGCGUCAAGGAGGAUGUUGAAAAGCGUCGCGUCUGCUUCCUGUGCCUGCGGACGAGGUUCUCGUUCUUCGGUCCCUGGGGCAUCCAGUGCAAGCUGUGCCAGCGCACCGUCUGCGCCAAGUGCUAUACCAAGAUGCGCAUUCCCUCGGAGCACUUCCGCAACGUGCCCCUCGUGCUGAUCUCGCCAUCGCUGCUGUCCAGUCCGGCCAGCUCGAGCACCCCAUCGCCCUCCCAUCACGCCCAGCAGGCGCACUCCUCGUCGACGGGAAACAUCAUGGAUGACCAGUUCCCCAAGUCGCUGAUCGAGCGCCUCCUGCGCUCCGAGUCAGAGAGAAAGACUCGCAGCACUGUGGGCAGUGCACCCUCCUCACCCAAGCACCAAAGAUCAAACAUGAGCACGCCGGGCAUUAGCGUGGGUCCCGGAGCCUCCUCCUCCUCCUCGGCGGCGGCAGCGGGACAUCCUGGCCAGGCUGUGGAGGCACUGCACGACCAGGCGACCAUGUCGGCCUCCUAUUCGGCGGCCAUGCGACCCUCGGGCGUUCACCAUCAGCAGCAGAAGCAGCACUACAACAACGCCAUGUCGAGGAGCAUGGAGGGACCACGGAGUCUGCCCGUGCACAGUCCAGCAUAUCGACCGCUCUCCAACAACAGCACGCUGGAGAGGAAAUCCCGCUUCUCGAGGGGCUUUAACCUCUUCUCCUCGGGCAGUCACCUGGCUCAGACGCAGGAGCAGAAGGAGAAUCUGCGCGGCGAACAGGUGACCGUGUGCAACGACUGCCAGGGAUUGGUCAACGAGAUCACCAGCUCCGUGAAGCAGAAGCGCAGCUCCGCCCGGAACCGCACCAUUCAGAAUCUCACCCUGGAUCUGACGCCCGUCUGGAAGUAGGCGGGAUCGGAUUUAAUCGGAUAGUGCGUUUGAAGACCGUAGGAUAGUUACAGGGAGUUCUAACGACUGACUUUGAUUCAUUGAUUCUUUAACGGACAACAACGGACAUUAUUUGAUUACUGACACUUCACUUUCAACGUGACUGUUUUAGGGCCUUCGAAACGCACUGGAAUAAUUAUAAUAUACAUAUAUGGAUAGAUUAGAUCGACUGUUGUACACUUAAAGGAUAGAGCCUCAAGGAGACUCGUUUGUAAAUCGUGUUAGUCUAGUGAUUAAGUGAAGAAUGGA